AAAGGAAAAGCGGAUAAAACCCAUCCUGGUCUCAUCUCGUCUCGCGAAGCAACGGCCAAACCCCUCCCCCCCGCGCUAUCUCGCUGCUCUGUUCAGGAAUGCCAGCUUUCGAGCUCUUCGUCUUCAGCGCCUGCUCUCUCCCAGUCCCCGACACCUCCGUUCUUCGGCCUCGCUCUGUCCUUCUUCCCGCUUCUCUCUCCUCGCCCCUCCUACCUGCGGUCUCUCCCUCGACUAUCUCCAUCGCCGUCAUCAAUUCGCGCAGAAGAGCGACGGUUCACUCCGCUCCGCCGAACUCGCGCUCCCGCUGCGUCGGCAACGAGUUUUCCGAUGUCGAGAUUGGAGGCGGAGGAGACGAAGAGGACGGUGGCGAAGGGGCCGGUUCAGUCGAUGUCGAGGCUCUCGAGCGAGAGGCCAGGGACGCGGUUGUAGAGUACUCACGUUCUCUCUUGCGCGAGCUGAGAAGCGUGACAGAAGACGAGGGGAAUGAGCAAAAGGAAGCUACCGGAAAGCAGAAAAGGGGUAAACGGGCUAUAAGAAAUGUUAUCCCUGAUCAUCUUCUUCCAAGGGUGGCAAUUGUUGGAAGGCCUAAUGUGGGUAAAUCAGCACUCUUCAAUCGCCUUGUUGGGGGGAAUAAGGCAAUUGUGGUGGAUGAACCUGGGGUUACUAGAGAUCGCUUGUAUGGGAGAUCCUUUUGGGGAGACUUUGAAUUUAUGGUUGUGGAUACUGGAGGAGUUCUCACAAUAUCAAAAUCACAGGCUGAUGUUAUGGAAGACUUAGCGAUUACCACCACCAUAGGCAUGGAUGGGAUACCACUUGCCUCAAGGGAGGCUGCUGUUGCCAGGAUGCCUACCAUGAUUGAGAAACAAGCUAUUGCGGCUGUGGAGGAGUCAAGUGUUGUCAUAUUCCUUGUUGAUGGCCAGGCGGGUCUGACAGCAGCUGAUGUGGAGAUAGCUGACUGGCUGAGAAAGAACUACUCUGAUAAGUAUAUAAUACUUGCAGUAAACAAGUGUGAAUCGCCUCGUAAAGGAAUAUUGCAAGCAGCUGAAUUUUGGUCAUUGGGGUUUUCACCACUUCCUAUUUCUGCUAUAUCUGGGAGUGGUACAGGGGAGCUUCUUGAUCUUGUUUGCUCAGGCCUGAAAAAGAUCGAGGGCCAGGAGAAUUCUGAAGAAGGAGAAAGUUAUGUUCCUGCAAUUGCUAUUGUUGGCCGUCCUAAUGUGGGUAAAAGUAGCAUUUUGAAUGCAUUGGUUGGAGAGGAUAGAACAAUUGUUAGCCCAAUCAGUGGAACCACCCGCGAUGCUAUCGAUACUGAAUUUAUGGGAGCAGAUGGCCAGAAGUUCCAGCUUAUUGAUACAGCUGGAAUCAGGAGAAGAGCAGCUGUUGCUUCAUCAGGCAGUACAACAGAGGCAUUAUCAGUCAACCGAGCAUUUCGCGCCAUCCGUCGUUCUGACGUGGUUGCUCUUGUCAUUGAGGCAAUGGCUUGUAUCACGGAGCAGGAUUACCGGAUUGCUGAGAGGAUAGAAAAGGAAGGAAAAGGUUGCCUUAUCGUUGUGAAUAAGUGGGAUACGAUACCCAAUAAAAACCAGCAAACUGCAACAUACUAUGAGCAAGAUGUUAGGGAGAAGCUUCGCAGUCUUGAUUGGGCACCAAUUGUUUAUUCAACUGCAAUAGCUGGUCACAGUGUUGAAAAGAUCAUUGUUGCUGCAGGCACGGUGGAAAAGGAGAGGUCAAGAAGGCUUAGCACUGCUAUACUGAAUCAAGUGGUGCAGGAAGCAGUGGCUUUUAAAGCACCUCCACGGACGCGUGGUGGAAAGAGGGGGCGGGUUUAUUACUGCACUCAGGCUGCUAUCAGGCCACCCACAUUUGUUUUCUUUGUAAAUGAUGCCAAACUUUUCCCCGAGACAUACAGGAGGUUUAUGGAGAAGCAACUGCGAUCAGAUGCAGGGUUUUCAGGUACCCCUAUUCGGCUUCUAUGGCGCAGCAGAAAGAAAAUGGAGAAAGGGAGGGCUUCAACAGAUGCACAGGGUGCCAGUGCCGCUCCAGAUAGAAAAUUGGCCAUUGCUACUUGAACAGAUUCUUCUUUGGAAGCUGCACUUCAGAAGCUUAGUCGACAGCUAAAUGCAUUGUUGAACCUAGAGAAGCUAGGUACGAAGUCUUAGCUGUCGACGACAUUGUUUAUCCUGCCUCGCGAACAGAUUCGUGCUUGGGGUUGUUCUUCUGAUGGCAGUGAAGGUUGUGCCCAGAAAGGAUUAGAACAAGGAAGCCAUAUACAUGGGGCGUGCGCAUGCAUACUUGUUAUAGACGUGCUCACCAUGUGCCAGUGGGAGUGUUAUUAUGUGGUGGUGAAAAGUUGUAAAGUGGUUCUCCGUGUUCUGGACCAAUACUAUUUAUGAUACGACAAACGCUUUAGGAAGAAGCAUUUGAAAUGCUGCUUUUGGGAAACUUCUUUGGUUAUUAACCUCCAAUGUCAUUUAGCGAGUUAUCUGCAUUGACAAUA